UCCAAAGUCAAAAUCAAAAUCAAAAUCAAAAUAGUGAGCGGCCACAAAUUACAUCGCUGCUUUCUCUCUCUAGAAUGAUUCAGAGAUGGCACAAGAAGAAGACCCAACUUCCACUCAUAGCAAUCGUCUUCUUCCUCUUCGUCCUCUGCACCAUCUUCUACAACGAACACCGCUUUCAAGAAAUCCACCGGAACGAAAACCGGAAACCAAAUGAUAUCGCUACUCGGAAUGAUGUCAAGAAGACAUUUUCUUCCCUCAGUCGAAGCAGUUCGAAAGCUUCUGCAGGGACUUUGGAUAGAUUCAGCAUCUGUAACUCUACAGUAAAGUACAAUGGAAGAUCUAAUUUGAACACACCUUUGCUUCAAUCUGAUGAGCAAGAAAACACGAAAGAUUCGUGCAAUGUGUUUUCGGGCAGAUGGGUAUUUGACAACAUUUCGGUUCCGCUUUAUAAUGAAUCUGAUUGUCCAUACAUGUCUGACCAAUUGGCUUGUCACAAACAUGGAAGACCUGAUUUGAUGUACCAAAACUGGAGAUGGCAACCUCAUGGCUGUGAUUUAAAGAGAUGGAAUGCAACUGAGAUGUGGGAUAAAUUGAGGGGAAAGAGAUUGAUGUUUGUAGGUGACUCGCUAAACAGAGGCCAAUGGAUAUCAAUGUUAUGCUUAUUAGAGUCCGUAAUCCCUGCCAAUAAGAAGUCAAUCACACCAAAUGCCCCGCUUACCAUAUUCCGAGCAGAGGAAUACAAUGCAACAGUGGAAUUUCAGUGGGCCCCACUUAUAGUCGAGUCAAACUCAGAUGAUCCAGUCAAUCACAGAUUGGAUGAGAGAAUAAUCCGUCCAGAUUCUGUUCUUAGGCAUGCAUCUGAAUGGGAUCAUGUUGAUAUAUUGGUUUUUAACUCGUACUUGUGGUGGAGACAAGGCCCUGUAAAGUUGUCAUGGAGUAACGAGGAAAAUGGAGUAUGUGAAGAAGCGGAGAGCUUAGACGCCAUGGAGUUGGCCAUGAAUGAAUGGGCAAAGUGGAUAGAAUCUAAUGUCGAUCCAUUGAAGAAGAAAGUGUUUUUCGUUACAAUGUCCCCUACUCAUCUAUGGAGUCGGGAGUGGGAACCGGAAACGGAAGGGAACUGUUAUAAUGAAAAAGCUCCUAUCGAAGAUGAAAGAUAUCGGGGAAGUGGUUCGGAUCUUCCUACAAUGAGGAUGGUGGGGAAUAUUGUAAAUAAGUUGAAGUCUAAGGUUAGUGUUAUAAACAUUACUCAGAUGUCUGAAUACCGAAAAGACGGUCACCCGUCAAUCUAUAGGAAAUUUUGGGAAAGUCGAUCGGCUGAGCAGUUGGCAAACCCGGCGAGUUAUUCCGAUUGCAUACAUUGGUGCUUGCCUGGUGUCCCUGAUGUUUGGAAUCAACUGUUGUUCCAUUUUCUAUGAAUACAAAGUUUUGUGCUUCAUGGCAUAUUGCAGUGGGUUUUUUUUUUAUUAAAACAAGAUUUUGAAUCCUGUGCUGAAUCAAAGAUGGCGAUUUGGCUGCGGUCAGGUCUUCGGGUGAUUGAUGACUGAAAUGUUGUUCACAAAAGAGUAAACUGUAUGAAAAUGUAAUGAACUUCAAUUGUAACCAUGUCUGGUAAAUAUGAUCUUAUAUUUUAUUUAUUUUUGUUCA